UGGAAAGAAAACGGUUCUGUUUGGGCUAGUAAAUCGUAUCGUUGUAUUUUUUCGUAGUAAAAUUUACAUUUGUUAUCUAGGAAAUAUUAAUAGGCUGUAAUUAAAAUGAGUUUUAUGUAUCAGUAACGAGAGAAAAAGUUGACUUUACGUCAUCAAACAGCGACGUCUCUGAUCUAUUUUGUGCACAUGUGUAGGGAAGUCGUGUAGAGUGGCUUCAUGCGACAAUGUAAACAAAGCAGCGAAACUCGUGUUUUUUUUUGGAUUUGGAGAAUACUCUGUGGUGAGGAACAAGCAAACAUAAAUAAAAAUUUGCGUCCGAAUUUUAAAACGGGUAGCGAAGAAGAUGUGUCAGGUGGAGGAGGAGUACAGCGACCAGCUGGAGACGAGGAGAACCGCGAGUGUGUCCCAGACCCAGAGGUGUGUGAAAUGCAAGGCGAACAGCGCCGCCCUGCUGGUCCGUGCUGGAGACGCCUUCUGCCGGGGCUGUUUCAGGGACCAUUUUGUGCAUAAAUUCCGCGCCACGCUGGGGAAAAAUCGUGUCAUCUUCCCUGGGGAGAAGGUUCUCCUGGCCAUCUCCGGUGGACCGGCCUCCUGUUCCAUGCUAGCGCAGGUCCAACAGGGUUUGAGUAAAGAUGCACCAAAAAAAUUAAGAUUUGUUCCUGGCAUCGUCUACAUAGACGAGGGAUGUGUCACCGGUCAGAGUGCCGAAGAGCGACAGAGGACAUCAACUCAGCUGGAGCUGAUUUUCAGAGCCACUGGGUACCCUUUCUUCAUAGUCCACCUUGAGCAGGUGUUUUGCCUGCCUGGUGCUGUUCUGGAGGCCACAUGUUCGGUCCCAGUGAGGUCAGAGGGGGACUACAAGGCUGCUGUGAACAGAUUCAUUGAGAGCAGCAGGGCAGCCAGUAGCAACACAACCAGUGGGGAGGACCAGGACCAAGACCCCUCUGUGCUCAAGACCCAGUGUCUUCUUUCCCAGCUGGACACUCAGGACCUCCCCAGUGGGCUGCUUCCCUUUGACCGACAGCUGACUGGGGUCCUACAGAAGCUUUUUGACGCUGUGAAGACCCUCACGGCCAAGGAGGACUUGCUGCACACCCUGAGACAGCACCUGAUUGUCCACACGGCCCGGACUCAUGGCUACUCCAAGGUGAUGAUGGGGGACAGCUGCUCCAGACUCGCAGUCAAGCUGCUUAGCAGCAUCUGUCAGGGCCGAGGGGCUUCGCUCGCUGCCGACACGGGCUUCUGUGAUCUUCGCUACGGAGACAUUGGGAUCGUCCGACCCAUGAGGGACUACUCCUCCAAGGAAAUAGCUUUUUACAACAGGAUGUUCGGGGUCCCGUCUCUGUUCAUCCCUGGGCUUGACACCAAGACCCCAGACAAGGCGAGCAUUCAGCGGCUCACGGAGAGCUUCGUCACCAGGCUCCAGGCUGACUUCCCCUCCACUGUCAGCACCAUCUACAGGACAAGUGAGAAACUCCAGACGUCAGGAGGUACCCACAGUGCAGAUGCUGAACCUGCAGGCAAAUGUCUGCUGUGUAUGUGUGCCUUGGACACCAAGUUGGAGGAGGCAUCUGCCUUCCACGCGACCUUGGUGUCUGAGAAGCUCUCCCAGAAGCAGAUUACAAAGUCUCCUGCUGCUGACUGGGUCCCAGAUGGACAGUGUUGCUCCCGCAUAGAUGCGCAGAACCACAACUGUGGGUCAUCAGGAGGCAGGUGCAGCUCCUCUGACAGGACCCCCACCUCCACAGACCUGAAGAGUUUGCUUUGCUACAGCUGCAGACUGACCAUCCAAGACAUGAGCGCUGCUGAAUUCCUACCUCCUUAUAUUAUGGCUGAAGCGGAGCGUCGCAUGAGAAGGUCACAGAUGGAGGAGGAGAUCGCUGCGUUCCUGCUGCCUGAGGAUGACGCAGAAGACAGAGAGGAGGUCUCUUGAGAGAGGUCCGUCUUUAUUGGUGAACUGCCAUCUUCUCCAGCACAAGGCCUUUCGACAGACAAUCAGUGAAGAGGGGAUCGUUUUUAUUUAUUAAAACACUACUCAGCUUAAGAUCUGGGAGAAAUUGAUUUUAUAAAUUCAAGUGUGUUACUAAUGAAUGUGGGUGUUUCAUUCCUCUUUUUAAAUGAACAAAAUAAAACCACUUUUUUGGAGUA